AUGGUUACGGGGCCUGCGAGGGCACACUGGCCUGCUGCACGUGCCAUGUUGCCUCCUCCAAGCGAAGAAGAGUUAGAUUUGCUGGAUUUGGCACCAGAUGCAACAGACACUUCGCGCCUUGGCUGCCAGGUGAAGCUAACCAAAGAGGACUUGCCCAGUGUAGAAGUUGUUGUUCCUUCAGAAAUUCGAGAUGCGAGAGCACAUGACUGA